CCAGAGUACAAACAAACACAAACUAGGGUCCUCUCUCUGGCUGCAGCUACCCGGCCAUCGAGCUCUAUAUAUUCCCCUCCUCCUCAAAGUACCUCUUCCUAUCCCAUAACCAUAAACUAUUGCAUAUCCAUCAUACCGCAGUAUAUAUUUAUGGCUCCUAAAGGAGACAACGUUGUGGUUUCUAACAUGAAGCUUGAGAGGUUGCUCAGCAUGAAAGGAGGCAAAGGAGAGGCCAGCUAUGCCAACAAUUCCCAAGCCCAGGCUCUACAUGCUCGAUCCAUGCUUCAUUUAAUCGAAGAAACCCUAGAUGGGGUCCAACUAAACUCCUCCGAGGUACCCUUCGUGGUCGUGGACCUCGGAUGCUCAUGUGGCAGCAACACCAUUUACAUCGUCGACGUCAUCAUCAAGCACAUGAUCAAGCGCUACGAGGCCUUGGGAUACGAGCCACCGGAGUUCUCUGCGUUUUUUUCCGACCUCCCCAGUAAUGAUUUCAACACCCUCUUUCAGCUCCUCCCUCCCCAAGCCAAUUAUGGUGGUAGUAUGGAGGAGUGCCUAGCAGCCGACAGCCACAGGUCAUACUUUGCGGCUGGAGUCCCCGGCUCCUUCUAUCGGAGACUUUUUCCGGCCAGGUCCAUUGAUGUAUUCCACUCGGCAUUUUCCUUGCACUGGCUGUCUCAGGUGCCCGAUAGCGUGCUAGACAAGAGAUCAAAGGCGUAUAACAAAGGGAGGGUGUUCAUCCACGGUGCAGGUGAAAACACAGCAAACGCAUACAGGAAACAGUUCCAAACUGAUUUGGCGGGGUUCCUUGCAUCAAGAUCACAGGAGAUGAAGAGAGGUGGCUCUAUGUUUCUCGUCUGUUUAGGGAGGACCUCAGUGGAGCCCACAGACCAAGGUGGGGCCGGCCUCCUCUUUGGGACCCACUUUCAGGAUGCUUGGGAUGAUCUUGUCCAAGAGGGCCUUAUUAGCAAUGAGAAACGUGACAACUUCAACAUUCCUGUAUAUGCACCGAGCCUACAAGACUUCAGAGAGGUAGUUGAAGCUGAUGGAUCAUUUGCCAUUAACAAGCUAGAGGUUUUCAAAGGAGGAAGCCCUCUUGUCGUCAGCCGGCCGGAUGAUGCAGUCGAAGUGGGUCGAGCCCUAGCCAACAGUUGCAGGAGUGUGUCUGGGGUCCUAGUCGACGCCCAUAUAGGUGAUCGGCUUAGCGAGGAGCUGUUCUUAAGGGUAGAGCGCCGAGCCGCAAGCCAUGCUAAAGAUCUACUUGAGCAACUACAAUUCUUUCACAUAGUUGCAUCUCUUUCUUUUGCUUAGAGUAAAGAAAAAAGGACUUGAUCAAAACAAGAGGGGAAAAGGCAUUUUGAUCCCUUGCUCUUCUUCCAUUAUGAUCUUUUUUGCUUUUCCCCCCUGAUCUUUAGAGUCAUUCCAUUGCAUAGAGAAAGAAAGAUUCAAGCACAUGAGAAGAGAGUAGGAUCAGAAGGCUCUUGUGAUUACCUUUUUCCUCUUUCUUUAUUGUUCUCUUUCUGAUCUCUUUAUGUGUUUCUGUGGUGUUUACUACUGUAGUAGUAGCUUUAUACUUGAUGGCUUCUGUGACUUUGUGUUCCCUUGAAUCCAAACGAAGUAAAUAAAGCAAGUAUAUGUAUUUCA